AUUAAACACGCCUAAAACAGGUUACGAUAAAAAAGGAGUUUUUCAUUGUAUAAAAAUGAUAACUUUCUGCAAAUGUUUUAUUUUCAUUUGCGUUGUCUUUGGUCUUGGAGAUGUUACUACAGGCCGACUUCGACCCAGAAUGCAAAUGGCUAACGUAAGAGGAAAUUCAGUACCUGCCGAAAUCAAUGCUGGCAGUUUGGGCGAAUCGGAGGUUGGCGGAAAUGAGGUCGAACUAGAGUCUUGUCCAUACACCCCAAGUUUUAUGUGCGACGACCGUUUAGCAUGCAUUGAUGAAGUUUAUGAAUGCGACAAUUUCACCGACUGUAGCGAUGGCAGCGAUGAAAAGGAAACUUGUCAAUAUUUUGACUGCGGAGAUGGAAACUAUUUAAGUUACAGAUUUGUGUGCGAUGGACAGUUUGAUUGCCCCAACAGCUACGACGAAGACGAGUCGCAUGGACAUUGUAAAAUCGCUCGAUGUGCCGAUGAUGGAGUCAUGCAAGAGGCAAGAGGCCCCCGCGUAUGCGAUGGUGUACCAGAUUGCCAGGACCGAUACAACAGUGAUGAAUGUAAUUGCUCGUUUACAUUCGUAUGUGAUAAUAUGAGAUGUAUUCACAACAACCACCGCUGUGAUGGAGACGACAACUGUGGCGAUAAUUCUGAUGAGCAACACUGCCCAACUUUUAAUUGCGAUAACGGCAACACUAUUCUUGAGGGUCGUUUAUGUGACGGUGUGGACGGAUGCGGAGACUCGUCAGACGAAUGCAAUUGCUCUGACUCCUUUUUCUGCGCCAACAACAGGUGUACACUGAAUCAUUUUAAAUGUGACGGCAGCGACAACUGUGGAGACGCAAGCGACGAAUGCGAGUGCCCUAACACCUUCGUCUGUGGAAAUGGAAGGUGUAUACGGGAUUACCUUGUUGGAAAUGACGUGGACGACUGCUGGGAUAACAGUGACGAAAUAGUCCCGACGACGACCACACCCUACGUCACUAUGACGUCAUCGAUUCGUGAAACGUCACAAGCAGUCAACGCUAUCAAAACUAUGACGUCACAGAAAAUGAGGUCGUUUUACAAAUGCAAGAAUAACAAAACUAUUUCGUCCGAUCUUUUAUGUAACGGAAAUGACGAUUGUGGUGACGUAUCUGCUUCGGACGAAUGCGAAUGUACCGACACAAUUUAUUGUUUGACUUCAGGAAAAUGUACAAUCAAUGCGUCAACGUGUGAGGAAAACACGAAAAAGUGCGACCUUGACUCCGAGUUCAGGUGUUCUAAUGGCGAUUGUUUACCGAAGAACGUUCUAUGCGAUAAAGUGGUGAACUGUUCCGACAAAUCGGAUGAGACGGGCUGCAGUUACACGUAUUGUAGCAGCAACGGCAUAGAAAUCAGUGUUGACCAAAUCUGCAACGGGGUGAUGGAUUGCCCGGAUAACUCUGACGAAUGCGAAUGCGAUGGAAACNCUUUCAAGUGCAACAACGGGAAGUGCAUUCAGGCGUCGGAAAUUUGCACCGGAUAUGACGCAUGUGGUGACUGCAGUGCUGAACGUAAAUGCCAGAUCAACGAAAGUUCCGAAGUGGUCCACCCUGUUUUCAAUUGCGACGAUGGCAGUUGCAUACGUGAGUCCCUGCGUUGCCAAGAAAAGUCCUUCUGCUCGAACGGUGAAGACUUAUUUAACUGCCCUUCUACACCACCAACAACAACGAGUAGAAAUACUGUUGCACAGACGCCAGUGAGAGAAUCUGUACAUGGACUUAUGCAAACUACUGAUUCAUCCACACAAAGAACAGUUGCUGGCGAUGGUGGAUCUGCUAACACUGUUCGUUCUGUUAAUAUGGGUAUCUUUGUUGUUGCACAGGUCUGCCUUGCAUACUUAAUGGUGUCAUAGCAGCCUUAACGUGUUUGUGCGAUGCUUUUUUUACUGUUUAAAGAUAGUGUGUUCUGUGUUACUAGUAGCAAAUGUUAAAACCCAAGUCCAAAAAUAAUGUCUUGUACAUACAUCGUGUCGCUUUAAAUCUUUAUAUAUUUGCUUAGAAUCGUAUUGCAAACUAUGUAGCUUUCUGUGAUAUAUAAAUAUACUUUGUCGAUUUUCGGAACUUUUUGUCUUUCUGUAAAGUAUAGUACAAAUAAACGAGAAUUUUGUGCAGCGUU